GUUACUUACCCUAAACAACAUAUGCCGAAAAAAAAUAACAACAAAAUUUUGAGAUUAGUUUAAUUAAAAAAUCAAGUAAAAAUGGCAGAAGAAGAGCAACUUCCAAUUGCAGUCAAAGAACCUCUCGAUUUAAUACGAUUAAGUUUGGACGAGAAAAUCUAUGUAAAGCUGAGAAAUGAACGGGAACUACGAGGUGUUUUGCAUGCAUUCGAUCAGCAUUUAAAUAUGGUCCUUUCUGAAGCUGAAGAGACAAUUACACAAAUUGAAAUUGACGAGGAGACAUAUGAGGAAGUGUAUAAAACAACAAAGAGAACUAUACCUUUCCUGUUCAUUCGAGGCGAUGGAGUCAUUUUAGUCAACACAUCCAGAAACUUUCAUUAAACUCAUUUUGAUGAAAUUCCUUGUCCUAUUAUUAAGAUACUGAAUACUUUUCAUCGUAAUAAAAAUCACUGUUUUAAGGAACACU